UAUUCUUAUUAAGUGCAAAAAAUUAAUAACAAAAACUAAACUACAUUUUAGGCUAUCACAUACACUGCAUGCAGUGUUAUGCCGCUAAUUAUAAUCUUGCUGAAGACAUUCCUUUUCUAUCACCAUCGAAAAGAAUUGUUAAACAUGUUAAAAUAUACGGAAGAUAAUUUUUGGUACAUCGAGUAUGACGCAUACGGAAGCAAGCUUUUGGAAAAGAUCAAUGAAAGGGCGCUGCUAUUAAUGUGCAUGUUUACGUUCUUCGCUCAAGGAACCGUUUGCACCUACAUGCUGACUCCUAUAAUCGAAAAUAUAGGGAAAAACGAAUCUGACAGAAUACUCCCCUUUAAUGUCUGGGCCGGAGUACCGACAACUGUCUCGCCUUAUUUUGAAAUAAUAUUUACUAUCGAGAUUAUAGCGCUCAUUCACUGUGGCAUAAUUUUCUGUUGUUUCGAUAAUCUCUUGUGCCUACUAAACCUACACAGUGCCGGUCAGUUUAAAAUUCUCCGCCACCAGAUGGGAGCGAUUCUCGAUAAAAUCGAACGAGUCGGUACCGUAAAUUUGUUCGACGAGAAACGAAGACAGAUGGUAUACGAAAAGCUGAGAAAAUGCGUUAGGUUUCACCAGGAGCUGAUCUGGUACAACGAAAAGAUGGAACAAAUUUUCACGUACACGACUCUUUGUCAGUUGUUGGUGUCCGGCAUCAUGCUUUGUGUCGCGGGUUUUCAAAUGUUUCUGGCCCGAGGUACUCUCAUCAGACGAAUGAUAUUCAUCGCUCAUACCAACGGCUGCUUCAACCAACUGUUUGUAAUCACGUUGACGUCGAAUGACUUAAUGCUUGGGAGUCGCGCGGUUGGAGACGCGGCGUACAAUACCAACUGGCAGAUUUUAUCCCACGAGGAGAACAGGGCGGUCAGAAAAACCAUUCUGCUAAUCAUAAUGCGAUCCGCGCGUGCCUGUUCCAUAUCCGCUGGCGGUUUCUUCCCGGUGUCUCUCGAGACAUUUAUGACGGUGUUGAGCAGCUCGGCAUCCUACUUCACUUUGCUUCGCAAAUUCGUGGAGUGAGAAAGCAGAAAAUUUUAAAUUGCAUAAUAAAUAAAUUGAGAAAAGAGUUCAGAAAUAUUUGGAACAUAACAAUAUCAAUAAUUUUUGAAAAACUGAGAAUCUCAUACAGCGUUGCAUGUAAUCGUAGAUUUCCAGAAAAUGUACGAUAACAUGUUUAUAUAAUAUAUGAAAUGUAUCUAUGUACUAUUAUAAUACUCUAUAGAAUAUCGAAGAUUAUUUAAUUCUAUUUUUAAUGGCAUUUUUUGACAGUAAACAU